AUGGUGAGGCAAAUGGGCUGGGGGGGGACCAGGGGGCGGUUGGGGCGGUGGGGAGACCUGGGGCCUGGAUCUGUGCCCCUCCUCCCCACGCCACUGCCUCCUCUCCCUCCUCCUCCCUGUCGGGGACCUGGGGCGGGGAGGGUCUCCUUCUUCUCUCUCUCCCCUGUCCCUCCCACAAGAAGGGCCCCUUCCUCAGCAACUCCUUCAGCCUCGGGGCUCCCCUGCCCAGCGGUGCAGGGCCCAGGGGCUUCUCAGCCUUGCCACAGUGCUCCCCCAACCCCAGCCACUCCCCCAGUGCAGCCCCAGCCCUCGAUGACACCCGUCUCUGCUCCCCCUCUCUGGGGUUCCCACUCUGCCCCUCCCCCGGCCUCGGGGACUCCCCCUCCCCCACGCCGAUGCCCCCAGGACUCUCCUGGGCUGCGGAUAGGCCCUCUGAUACCCGAGCAGGAUUACGAGCGGCUGGAGGACGGUGACCCUGAGGGGUCCCAAGAUUCACCCCUCCAUGGGGAGGAGCAGCAGCCCCUGCUUCACGUGCCAGAAGGGCUCCGAAGCUCCUGGCACCACAUCCAGAACCUGGACAGCUUCUUCACCAAGAUCUACAGCUACCACCAGAGGAAUGGCUUUACCUGUAUCCUGCUGGAGGAUGUCUUCCAGCUGGGACAAUUCAUUUUCAUCGUCACCUUCACAACCUUCCUCCUUCGUUGCGUGGAUUAUAAUGUUCUCUUUGCCCACCAACCGAGUAACCGAACACGACCUGGGCCACUCCACAGCAAAGUGACCUUGUCGGACGCCAUCCUAUCCUCCUCCCAGUGUGCCCAGCGGAUCUGCUCCAGCCCCCUCCUGGUCUUCCUGCUGAUCCUGGCUGCUGCCUUCUGGCUGUUCCAGCUGCUUCGCUCAGUCUGCAACCUCUUCAGCUACUGGGACAUCCAGGUGUUUUACAGGGAGGCCCUGCACAUCCCCCCGGAGGAGCUCAGCUCGGUGCCCUGGGCAGAGGUGCAGUCCCGCCUGCUGGCGCUGCAGAGGAGCGGGGGGCUGUGCGUGCAGCCGAGGCCGCUGACGGAGCUGGACGUCCACCACCGCAUCCUGCGCUACACCAACUACCAGGUGGCGCUGGCCAACAAGGGGCUGCUGCCCGCCCGCGCCGCGCUGCCCUGGGGCGGCGGCGCGGCCUUCCUCAGCCGCGGCCUGGCGCUCAACGUCGACCUGCUCCUCUUCCGCGGGCCCUUCUCGCUCUUCCGCGGCGGCUGGGAGCUGCCCGACGCCUACAAGCGCGGCGACCGGCGAGCCGCCCUGGCCGCGCGCUGGCGGCGCACGGUGCUACUGCUGGCGGCCGCAAACCUGGCGCUGAGCCCGCUGGUGCUGGCCUGGCAGGUGCUGCACGCCUUCUACAGCCACGCCGAGCUGCUGCGGCGCGAGCCUGGCGCGCUGGGGAUGCGCCGCUGGUCCCGCCUAGCCCGCCUGCAGCUCCGCCACUUCAACGAGCUGCCGCACGAGCUGCGCGCGCGCCUGGCCCGCGCCUACCGCCCGGCCGCCGCCUUCCUGCGCGCCGCCGCUCCCCCCGCGCCCCUACUGGCGCUGCUGGCCCGCCAGCUCGUCUUCUUCGCUGGCGCGCCCUUGGCCGCACUGCUCGUGCUCACCGUGUACGACGAGGACGUGCUCGCCGUGGAGCACGUGCUCACCGCCAUGACCGCGCUCGGGAUCGCGGCCACCGUGGCCAGGUCUUUCAUUCCGGAUGAGCAAGGCCAAGGCCGUUCACCGCAGCUCCUGCUGCAGGCGGCCUUGGCCCACAUGCACUACCUCCCCGAGGAGACCGGCCCUGCCGGCAGGACCAGCUCUUACAGGCAGAUGGCGCGGCUGUUGCAAUACCGAGCGGUCUCCCUGGUGGAGGAGCUCCUGUCCCCUGUCCUCACGCCCUUGUUUCUGAUCUUCUGGUUUCGGCCCCGAGCCUUGGAGAUUAUCGACUUCUUUCGGCACUUUACUGUGGAUGUGGCUGGGGUCGGCGACAUCUGCUCCUUUGCCCUUAUGGAUGUGAAGCGGCACGGCCACCCUCAGUGGCUCUCCGAGGGACAGACCGAGGCCUCACUGUCUCAGCGUGCCGAGGACGGGAAGACGGAACUCUCCUUGAUGAGGUUCUCCCUGGUUCACCCACAAUGGCGCCCCCCAGGCCACAGCUCCAAGUUCCUGGGGCAUCUGCGAGGCCGGGUGCAGCAAGAUGCAGCCGCCUGGGGCGCCAGCUCAGUGCGCAGUCCCCCUGCCCCCGGGAUCCUCAGCGACUCUCCCUCCCCUCUGCCGGAGGCCUUCCUGGCCAACCUCUUGGUGCAGCCCCUCCGGCCGCCUCAAGACCUCAGCCCCACAGCCCCCUGCCCAGCCGCAGCCACAGCCAGCCUCCUGGCCUCCCUUUCCCGAAUUAGCCAGGACUCGAGCUGUGUGUCCCCGGGAGGCACUGGGGGCCAGAAGCUGGCCCAGCUCCCAGAGCUUGCAUCUGCUGAGAUGAGUCUCCACGCCAUCUACCUGCACCAGCUCCAUCAACAGCAGCAACAGCAGCAGGAACUGUGGGGCGAGGCCUCAGCCUCCCCGCUGUCCCGACCCUGGCCCAGCCCCCCACAGACCCUCUCUCCAGAUGAGGAAAAGCCGUGCUGGUCCAGUGAUGGCUCCAGUCCCGCCUCCAGCCCCAGACAGCAGUGGAGAGCCCAGAGGACCCAGAGUUUGUUUCCUGGAGGGUUCCAGGAGCCCACAGACACCCAGAAGGAGCCUGGCCAGGCUACUAGCACUGACUGA